CUCCAGCAGUAGAGAAGGAGGAGGAGACUGUAGAGGAGGAGAUUGUAGAGGAGGAGAAUGUAGAGUUAGAGGUGGAGCCUGCAAAACCAGUUAUUGACGAGGCCACAUUCAACAUAAACAAUCAGAGAGGAUCGUCAAUGCUAGCAGAAACCUUUGGUCGACCAGAAGGAUUCACAUUCAGUAUGGCUGUACCAGAUCUCCCGUUCACACCCAUCAGCCCAGCUAGUGCAUCAAUCUUCCUCUUCCCUACUGCAAAGUCCAACACAGCAUUAACACCCUCUCAGCGAAGAUGCUCCACUCCAUACUCACUGAGACCACUGAGAUCACUAGGCAAGCAGCAAGAACAAGGACCUAUUCCUCCACAACCAAUCUUGACAGAGGUGGAAGAUUUCGCCAUGGAAACGGACACAAGUAAACCUGUAGAAACAGAAAGUGAUGUGAAACCAGAGACAGAAAAUAAGCCAGAAACUACUGAAAAUGAGAGGACACCUGUGCCUCAGGAAGAGGUCGCUAUGGAAACGGAAGACACUGCAAAAGCGGAAACGGAUGUACAAGGAGAAGCUGUGACAGGAGAGCCAGUAGAGAGGAAACCCUCAGAAAGCACAGAUGCCUCACCAGUGCAGGAAAAAGAUUUGCAGUACUUCAAGAACCUGGUAUCAUCAGAGACGACAAGACUGCUUGAUAGGUGCAGCAUCUGGGAGACUAUCAUGUCUGACAACAAACUAUCAGAGGAAGUGCUUGGCGAGAUCCGCAGCUCCAUCGGUAAGGCCAAACUCCUGAUAGACCAGCGCUUCAAGCAGUUCCUAGGCCUCGUCAAGAACUGUGAAUUUGGACUCGGUGAGAAGGUCACCCACUGCUCUGACCUAGAAGGAUUCUGGGAAAUGAUCUACUUCCAGGUGGAGGAUGUAGAUACUUUAUUCAAGGAACUUGAGAAGCUACAGGCUAAUAACUGGCAGAGAGAGGAGAAGAAGGUCGACAAACCAAAGAUCAUCAAGAAGAAGAAGCCCGUUACCAAGAAGCUGGUCGGAGGUGAAGCUGCUGCUAAGCGUAUUGCUGCAAGGGAGAGGCUCCUAGCCGCCAAGGCAGCGAUGCAGGCCAAGGCAACGAGAAAGGCGGAGUCGGAGAAGGUGGUCUUUGAAGGAGGCUUCUUCAAGGUUGAGAGCCCGGCCAGGAAGGCCACUCCUGCCAAGACCAAGGAGCUCCGUGAAGAUGGACUUAGUCGUCAAGCUCUACAGAACAGGACCAACAUCAUGGCCAGUCCAGCAUCCAAUCUGCGUAGCCCAGCCCUACUAAAGAGGACCAACAUCAUGGCAAGUCCUGCAUCUACUCUGUGUAGUCCAGCCCUGAAGAAGAUGACCAUCAUGGCCAGUCCAGGAUCCAAUUUGUGUAGUCCAGCUCUACAGUCCAAGAGGACCAAGAUGAUGGAAAGUCCAUUAACCAAUCUCUGCAGUCCAAUCAGGAGAAAGACCAGGAAGAGUUCCAUGGGCUUUGGAUUGAGCAAGGCUGCAUCCCUCUUCACACCUGAGAAGGAUACCCCAGAGAAAGGAGCCCCGGUCCAGGAUCUUAUCUCAUGGAACUGAUAGAUCUCACCUUGGCUGUCAUCGUCAUCAUACCGCUUUGGUCAUGUGACCAUUUUGACCAUGUGACUAUCUUGAGGCAAUCACCUGUUGCACAUGAGUCUGACAUUUCGGUAGAUGGAAAUCUAGAUGCAAUGAAGACAACAGUUUGAUUAAAGAAACUGUAAUGAGAGAAUCAUUCCUGGGUGAAAGGUGUCCAGCCCAGCCGUAAUUGUCAUCGUCGUGCCUUAGUCAUGUGACCAUCUUGAUCAUGUGACCAAUCUUAUGGAAGAGCAGCUGUUGCACAUGAGACUGUACAGACAAGUCUAUAUACUGAAGGGAAUAUAAUCAACUAAAACAUUAUGUAACAAAUAAAUCAUCUGUGAAUGAUAAAUGUCCAGUCUGCUUUGUCAACACUAGACCGCCUCAGUCACGUGACCAUCAUAUGGUAUCCUGUAGACACGCAGGGAAUUUUAGAUCUAAUGAAGACAGCACCACUUAAGCAAGUAAUGAGUGAGUCGUCUGGGACUGAUACAUGUCCAACCACUACUUAUCACUUGUCUGUUUUAUCUGAGCCAUCUAAUACCAGUAUGAAUACAAUGUUAAGUACAUGAUUUAAAGCAGCCGCUCAUUUCUAUCAUUUAGAGCAUUGUGGGAUUGCUAGGACCUGGGAUUUUAGUGUUGGGGUCAAAUAUUCUGAUCAUGUGAUCACUCCGAUUUCUGGUUUCUCUCCGUUAUGUGCACUCUAUGGGAACGGCGUGAGUUUCUACUUAAUUACAUUAUAUGGUUAGCUUCCACUGAAUUAUCCUUCUAAAAGCAGGAUAAUUUUGCCCGUGAAGGCGUCACAGCUCUCACAGGCAUUGUCCAGAUAAUAGCGGAGAAGCUAGUCAGUUUCUAUUGGGCAAAAUUUAUCCUCUAUCGGCUAUAUUAACGUAAAGCUUUUCAUCCAUGUCAUCUUCUAACUUCCACUGACAAUUUGAAUAUUUAGAUAUACAGGGAUUGUAAUCAUUUGGUCUUGAGAUUAUAUUAUAUUAAGGUUAUAUCAUCAUAUUAAAUGUAAAUAGUUUUUAGAUGCACUGUACUUUCACAUAAGGAGGAAUGUCUUGUAUACAUGUAUUUCUGUAUUUAAGUGCCCCAGAAUCAAGCCAAUAGUGAAUUGCAUUGACUUAUAGACUAAAUGUAGUUAUAGGCCAAACAGAAAAUCAUAUCAAUGUUUACCUCAAAAGUGUUUGGACAACCGACAUUGGACAUACACAUAUACAUGUUUAUGCAAAUUUGACAGGAAAAAGCCAAGUAAAAUGUGCUUGAAUUCAUGUGAUACUUAACAUUGUGGUUGAAAUUUUGUAUCUUCCAACAGCUCACAUCUUCCAACAACAUAAGGUGCGUUCAAUUAAAAUGUGGUAUACCCUUGAAUCUUGUGUUUUUCUUUCUUUCUUUUCAUUUCAUGUACAAAAAUGGCAAGAUUGUGAGUGGGUGGAAAAAAAACAGGAUCUAAAUGCAACAACUUCAUGUGUUCUCACUUGAUAUCUUUUUGUUAUAAAUACAGAAAUGUGCUUUCUUCAGAUAAAAUGAGAUUUUAUCUUACCCCAGCAGUAUAACAAGGCAUAUGUGAACAACUCUUAAUAUGGUCAUCAUGUCAUGUGAUCUAAAGUGUUUGUUCCAACUCACUAGUCUUGCUAUUAAUCAUAUAACAGUACUUUUAGGGGGCUUGAAAUCUAACUACAUUUUAAAUGAAAAAAGUCUGAGUUUACUUUCUGCAAUAAUUGCAGCCUUAAAUCGUAGGUGCAUAAUUUCAUUGAUAUUGAUCCAACAUCCUAUAGUAUUUAGAUCAAAGGUCGAUCUUAAAUUUGAUUUGUUGAUACAUGUGUGACAUACGUCUUUUUCUAUUUUAUGAACAAGAAAUGUAAAUAUAUACGAUCUAUGAUUAUGAUACACCCAAAAUGUAAAUAAAAGAAAUGAUUAACACUGAUAAAA